AUGGCUGACGAUGGUGAUUUUGACGAUGGAGGCGGUGAUAUGGGUAUGGAUGAUGACAUAGACGACGAUGAAUUCAAUGAAGAUGAUCAAGAUCCAGACGGUGAUCAAAAUGCACAAACAGACAAACAACAAUUACAAGGCGAUGAUCGAAUGGAAAUUUUUAAUGAAGAUGAUGCUAAUGCUGCUCAAGCAGCUUUGAGAACUGAUCCAUCAAAACGAACCACAACACCAUAUAUGACUAAAUAUGAACGAGCACGUGUAUUAGGUACACGAGCAUUGCAAAUAGCUAUGUGUGCACCAUUGAUGGUUGAACCCGAUGUUANAGCAGCUUUGAGAACUGAUCCAUCAAAACGAACCACAACACCAUAUAUGACUAAAUAUGAACGAGCACGUGUAUUAGGUACACGAGCAUUGCAAAUAGCUAUGUGUGCACCAUUGAUGGUUGAACCCGAUGGUGAAACAGAUCCAUUGCAAAUUGCAAUGAGAGAAUUAAAAGAAAAGAAAAUUCCAAUGAUUAUUCGACGUUAUUUACCUGAUGGAAGUUACGAAGAUUGGAGUAUUGAUGAACUUAUUCUAACUGAUUAA